AUGGAGUCCUUUCUGCCCACCAUCAAGUGCUCCAGCUGCCUCGCAGAGGUCGAGCUGUCGGCCAUGGGCGACCACGUCUGCCAGCCCGCCCACAAGUCAGCAGCAACAGCACCUCCAGCAACUGGUCCUCCACCCGUACCCCCACCAAAGCCGACUAAGACCAGUGUGCAAGGGAGUCCCCCCAGAGCUGGCCGCAUGGCCCCCCCACCGCCCAUUGACCCCUACGCUGCCAACCGCCCUUUUCUCCAUCUACGCACAUCCGCCGAUAGGCCAGAGACCACGUCGUCUCCCUCCCCCAUAUCGCCGGCGGAUCGACGAAAACCCGAACCGUCUCCGCUGGCACGAUCACUUACCAACCUCGACUGUGCCUUUCCGCCCUUCCCGCGCCCUGACUCAAGAGCCAGUGCAAAAAGCAGAUCCAGGUCGAAAACCAUCGUCAAGGGUGACCGUGCUCCGCCUUCGUCAGUCCCUCAGAAUGGCGAGAGCGUCGAAGAUCAAGAGCGCCGUCGACGCUCACGCGCAAAUAAGCACAAGCGGGAAGUCUCAAUUGAUAGCAAGAGCUUGUCGCGACUCUCCAUGGCUAGCAGCCGUUAUGGCGAGUCAAUAUCGCGUUCAUCAACGCCAGGAUUUCCAAGUACAGCUGGCUCACGCGGCUUCGGCAACUUCUUGGAUGAGGUACCUCCGCUGCCCUCUGGUCCAAUUAAAAGCUACACGCCUAGCCCAUUUACCGCUUCCCCAGAGCCCUACAUAUUUCUGAGCAAAGAAGCAUUUCAGAAGGACAGGUCCACCACAGCCACAACCCCACCCUUUAGUGGUGGGCUCCCUGGCUUUGAGCUAGGCUUUUCCGUCGACCCGGAACAGGCAAAACCACAAAAUCGGCACUCACAGUCAGCACGCUUCUCAAGUGCAACCGCUGAAUCCUCGAAGCCUCUGGAUGGCGAUUCCGACCUAAAACGUGCCCCAGACCAAGAGACUACUCUUCCAAUAUAUACCAUAGACCAGGACUUUUCUGUGUCGGGUUUUGCUCGUAACUUAGGGCUUGGGGACCCUCACCAUACAACAAACAGUUCCACCUCGUCUUCUGACGCUUCUGAUGCGACAACAAGCAGCUCCUUCUCCACCCAGACGUCCGAACCUUCCAGUGCUUCUGAACCGCAGCCUCCCAUCCUUUACAAAUAUGAUCUAGAUUCCCCUACCGACCCAUUGUUCCAGCAAGGCGAAUUCAAACGUACCCUUCCAAAAUACCAACGCUUUGCAGAACUCAGCCAAGAAUCAGACUCUGAGCCAGAGGAACGCCGUCCCAGUGUGAAACCUGCCACUCCUCCCCCGCCCUUACCAAUAGAGCCGACAUCUCCCUCUGCUGUUUCGAAAUCUCCGGGGCAAUCUCGUAGAAUUCGCUGUCGUGGAUGCGAAAAUGUUAUCGUUGGAAAGUCCGUGUCCUCCGCUGAUGGCCGUUUGACUGGUAGAUGGCAUAAAGCGUGUUUUGUCUGCACUACCUGUUGCUCGCCCUUCAAAACUGCUGACUUCUACGUUCUCAAUAACAAUCCCUACUGUGCCCAACAUUAUCAUGAACUCAAUGGUUCGUUAUGCUCCUCGUGCGGCACAGGUAUUGAAGGACCCUGCCUCCAGACCGAAGAGUUUAUACCUGACCAGAAUGGCGGGAAAGAAACGAAGCAGAUCUUCCAUCCAGACUGCUUUCGCUGUAAGACUUGCCGGAUUGUGCUUAAAGGCGAUUACUUGGAAUGGAACGGGGAUGUAUUUUGUGAACGGGAUGGCCGGAGAGCUGCAGCAAUAGCUUAUCCACCCCCAUCUCCAGGCGCCCAUUCAGUAUCUGAUUACGGCGGCCCUCCCCCAGGAUAUGGCCGAAGACCCCCGCCGAACUAUCCUCCAUAUCCACCACCAUCCUCACGGGGUGGCCCAGGGCCUGGCCCAGGUAGAGGGAGAGGGAGAGGUCCUGGGUAUCCGCCCGGAAACCGUGGACCCGGUGGCCCCCCACCUCGACCUGGAAUGUAUCCUCCAAAUAGAAAUGGCUACGGUCCUGGGCGCCCUCCCAUGGGACGCCCGCAAGGACCUCCAGGACCCCCAGGGCCUCCCGGGCCGCCUGGUCCUCAGGGGUCUCUUGCCCCUCCUGGACCGCGCCGAUUCCCGGAGCGAAGAACUACGAAGUUAAUGAUGAUAUGA